ACGAGUUCGCGCGCUUUGCAAAAAACUAAAUGGCUUCAAGAGAUAACCGUCUUUCCGUUUAUGUUGGUAAUCUUCCCCCGAAUACUAUACAAGGACAUUUCGAUUACAUAUUUGCAGGUUGUGAUAUAGAAAGUGUUAGAUUAGUGAGAGACAAACAGACAGACGAAUUCAAAGGGUAUGCUUAUGUAGAUUUUAAAAAUGAACAAUCCCUACAGAAAGCACUAACUGUCGACGGUGCGAUUGUCGACGGACGCUCUCUGCGAGUAAAUCUCGCAGGCGAAAGACCUGGACGUGGUAUGUUUAUUUUCUCCCCGUAUUUAUGAAAGCUUCGUGUUGUGCAUGUAAAACUUUGUGACUGACAGUUAUUGGCAAGAAAACAUAGGUAAACAUUUAUUCCUACUUUUAAACUCGAAAGUCUCUAUUAACGCGAGUUGGCUUCAUGCAGCAGACACUGUAUUUUGUCAGAAGGUUGUUUUCCAAGCUUUUCUGCUAAACUGUCUUGUCUGGCAUGUAAAGAUGUUCUCAAAUCCUGGUAGAUAUAUUGAUGUAUUAUUAUGAUGAUCCUGUAAUAGUUUACGAAAUAGCCAGAUGGUUACUCUUAACAAGCUCAUAUUCACAAUUAGUGAGAUUCAGUGGCUAAGAGAUUUUCCUAAUUGGGAAGGUAAUGUACGUUGCACCAUAUAUGAUUUUCAAUUAUUCACUAAUGCGAACGCAGUCAACUUGUAGUUUAAGGUACGUUUAGAUCCUCGCCACCUAGAACGCUACAGCGCAUUUAGUCUACUAUAGUUUAUUUACAACAGGAAACCUUGGUAACUUGAGUUUACAAUACCCAGUUGAACUAGCCUUUCUGCGAUUGGUUCUCAGCUACAACAGGUUUGUGUAUACACAAAUAAUAAACAGGUAGUAUGGGUCACUACCCAAUAUUCUACAGUGUCGAAAAAGUAAAGUGGAUAGAGAAUCUAACAAUUACCGUCUAUUAUUAACAUGGCAUUCACAAUAGCUAUUUUAAUGGGUUUGUGUGCCCGUCUUCUGUAACCAGAAAUUUAAUCAAGUUUUUUGAUGACUUGUACUGUCACAUGUUUUGCUGUAUCUGCAUUAUCAUGCUUUCACUAUCUGAAGGUGGUUGUGGUGGUCAGGGUCAAUGGGGUAUGAACAACGGAUAUGGAAAUCAAGGACGUGGUGGUUUCGGUAGUCAUGGUCGCGGUGGUUUCGGAAAUCAAGGACGUGGUGGCUUUGGAAAUCAGGGACGUGGUAGACCUAGCAUGGGUGGUGGACGGAUGGAAAGUUAUGGACGUCCAAAUAGAGGCGGAAUGGGUGGGUUCGGUGGACAACGACAAAGUUACCAUCCUCCAGGACUGUCACGAGAGGAAUUAAAUGAACCUAGUAUCAGGAAUCCUCAGUCAAAUUCUACGGAUUCAACCAGUAGUGGUUCGGGUGGUGAUCGACCUAAACUAAACCUAAAAAUCAGAGAGACCCCUGUAAAUACAAAUGAUGAUCGACAAUUAUCAGAGCGUGCCCGUGCGAUAUUCGGAGUUGGGCGUCCUCGAGAAGCUAGUCCGAUUCGAGAAAAAAAGUAGUUAAAGUGUGCAUCUGAAUUUAGUACUUAUCUAGUUUUGAUUCGGUUCCAUUCUCAUGCUUCAGUUUUACGAAGUUUUGAAGUAUAACCUGUUUAGUAAACGUCCUAAAGUUAGUCAAUCGAUCGUAUGAAACGUACAACUAAUCACAUGUGAAUCAUUUCAAGCGGCUACGUCAGAUUAGCAACGUUCGAAUGCCAUACUUAAAAGACAACGGGUUUGAACUUUGACUCAAUUCGUUAAGUGUGUAAAUUACCUUUAAUCGAUUUCGUUGUCGUACUUUUGUCGAUUUUUCAAUUUCAUCUUAAGCCUACUAAUUAUUUCGUACUUCAUUUGUAACUUUGUUACAGGUUGGGUUCUGAAGAAAAUGCAACCGGUUCUAGUUAAUGAGAUAAGAUCAUUUAUAUUCAACCAAAGCAACUUGACAAUUGUUUUCACCAACAUUUCUACGAAUAUGUGUAUUUUGCUUAUUUAAUUCAAACAUUUCACCCCCCGUUUUUUCUUACAUUACCACAUGAAUAUAUACAUAUAUAUUUCUGUGUAUGAACUAAUUUCAUCUUAAAAGUGUUACUUUUUCAAUUUAAUCUUUUUCUCAUUGUAUUCACAUUUUAGUCUUUGAACCUCAUUGUCUUUUCAAAUCAAAACGUUUAAAUGUACAGGUUGUCCAAGGUUUUUUUUCCCGUCAGUUCUACUGUUUGGUUAGAAUCUUUUUAAAACAAUAGUUCUAUUUGUUGUUGUUGUUGUGCUAAUUGUCAUUGUUGUUUGAUUGUAAAAACAAGCUUAUCUCCUUGGUAAUUGUCAGACAAUUUACCCGUUUUCGUUUUCACUAUUUGUCUUCAUAUAUGCAUGUGUGUGUAUGUAUGUGUAUACAUCCAAGUGGGUUGUUUGUUUGUUUUUCUUCUUUCUUUGUUACUGAACAAAUCAUAUACAUCAUUCAAUUAUCUUCUAUAUUACUGAAUCUGUUUAGGAGAGCAUAUGUAAAAAUAAGAGAAUACAAUAAUCUACUCUCAAAGAGAG